CUCCGUAAUGAUACCAUGCCCGACAUCCACAAGAUGUGUGCGGAGCUCCUGGAUGAAGCCCGCCGCGAUGAUCCCAUCAAGUCAGCUUACGCCGCAACAAAACAGCAAGCUGGGGGUGACUACAACAACAACCCAACCAACAGUGGUCCUACGAGGGGUCAGGGCGGCCACCGCGGUAGCCGUGGACGGGGACGUGGAGGUCGAGGCGGCGCCAGUAUUGGUGAUCGCCAACAGACAGGCGAUAGUAAGUCAACCAUCGCGCGAGCUCACUGCAAGCACUGUGACCGUACGCACUAUGGCGGCGGCGAUAACUGCUGGUACACCUUCCCUGAGAAGGCCACACAGGAAUGGCGUGACAAGAACGCCGACUACAUCAAGACCAAGAAAGGCGGCGCCAACGCUGCCGCUGUGAAGGACAACUCAUAUUUUCAGCCUCACAACGGUCUCAUGUUCUUUACAGCUCGUACAACCCCCGUAGUCGACAUCAGCAACACGGUUCGCGAGCUUGCUGGACGCGGUGAGUACCAGAACCGUCUCAUUCUCGACACUGGAGCCACCGAUCACCUUUGCAACGACCACAGUAAGUUCACCAGCUUCGAUCGAGGCAGCUAUUACGCUGUUAUCAACACCGGCGCUGGUCCAAUUACAAUCACACAGAAGGGCACUAUCAAGGUAACAGUCCUCCGCUCCGACGGUACAAGCGAACAAGUCUCUUUCUCCAACGUG